CACGGCCCGCGGCUGCGAUGGCCGCGCUGCUGGCGCUGCUGGUCCUGCCGGGCGCCCUGGCCGCCUCCCGCGCGCGCACGGCGCACCUCGCGCCCGCCGUGGACAUCGGGCCGCUGCCCGUGGCGCCGGCGCCGCGCAUGCCGGACAUCCCCGACCAGGAGGUGUCGGCCUUCAUCUCGUGGGCCGAGGCGUCGCUGGUGAACCGCUUCGAGCACCUGGAGCCGAGCAUCGUGAGCAAAGGGGUGAUGCCCGCGCCGGGCACCCCGGCCUGGUUCAUGGCCGCCUCGCACUCGGCCAGCGGCGCCGCGCACAACCUCACGCACGUCGCGCUGGUCGCGGAGGAGGCCACCAAGUACAUGGCGCAGGCGCUGGAGCUGUCGCCCGAGCAGGUGCGGCUGGGCGGGCCCUCCAUGGACGUGGCCAACACGACGCUGGGCCGCGGCUGCCCGCUGCCGCGCGAGGCGCCCUGCCCGCCGCGCAAGUACCGCGCCUACUCGGGCCACUGCAACAACGUGCAGCGGCCGCUGUGGGGCGCCGCGCACACCCGCUACUCGCGCUUCCUGUCGCCCGUGUACGCGGACGGCGUCUCGCUGCCCCGCGGCACCGCCGGCCCGCAGCUGCCGUCCGCGCGCGCCGUGUCGCUCGCCGUGCACCGGGACUCGGACCAGCCGCACCGCCACGUCGUCGCGCUGCUGCCCGUCUGGGCCGACCUGGUCGCCCACGACCUGGCGCACACGCCGCGCAUGGCCGGCUUCGGCGGCCGACCCAUCAAGUGCUGCGGCGUCGACUUCAGCGAGUUCCACCCCGAGUGCUUCCCCAUCCGCCUGCCCGACGACGACCCCGUGUUCAAGCCCGAGCGCUGCCAGGAGUACGCCCGCUCCGCGGCCGCGCCCCGCACCGGCUGCACCCUCGGCGCCCGCGAGCAGCUCAACCAGGCCACGUCCUUCCUGGACGGCUCCGCCGUCUACGGCUCGUCGCGGGAGGCGGCGCUGCGACUGCGUGAACUCCGCGGCGGCCUGCUCCGCACCCAGGCUGGCCCGGACGGCCCGCUCAUGCCCGCCGACGACGUCCGCGACGACUGCCGCCCGAGCCGCAGCUUCAAGUGCUUCCUCGCGGGAGACGCUCGCGCCAACGAGCACCUGGGCGCGGCCGCCGUGCACACGCUGCUGGUGCGCGAGCACAACCGCGUGGCGGCCGGGCUGGCCGCCGUCAACCCGCACUGGGCCGACGAGACCCUGUUCCAGGAGGCGCGGCGCGUCGUGGCCGCAGAGCUGCAGCACAUCACGUACACCGAGUUCCUGCCCGUCCUGCUCGGACAGACCGCCAUCGACAGCUUCGGCCUGCGGCCCAUGAGGGCCGGCUUCUACUCGGGCUACGACAUCGACCUGAACCCGAGCGUGGCCAACGUGGUGGCGGCGGCGGCGCUCUGGUACUCGGCCACCCUCAUGCCCCGCACCAUGAACGAGUACGACGGCGCGGGCGGGCGGGUGCGCGAGUCCUCGCUCGCCGUGUCCUUCUACGCGCCCUUCGGCCUGCACGCGCGCGGCGCGCUGGCCGGCGUCGUCCGCGGCAUGCUCCUCGACCCCGCCCAGCAGUCGGACGCCCACAUUAACUCCGUCAUGACCAACAGCCUGUUCCACGCGCCCGGACAGCCCGGCCCCGGCCUCGACCUGGCCGCCCAGCUGAUCCAGCAGGGCCGCGACCACGGGCUGCCGCCGUACGCCGACUGGGUGUCGUUCUGCGGCGGCGAGGCGGCGCGCCCGCGCUCCUUCCGCGACCUGGAGGUGCGCAUGAGCGCGGAGGCGGCGGCCGCGCUGCAGAGCGUGUACGCCAACGUGUCCGACGUGGACCUGCUGCCCGCCGCGCUGUCCGAGCGGCCCGUCGCAGGUGCGCUGGUCGGGCCCACCCUGGCCUGCCUGCUGGGCCGCCAGUUCCACUACCUGCGCCGCGGCGACCGCUUCUGGUACGAGAACGACCUGCCGCCCUCCGCCUUCACCGCCGCCCAGCUGGACGCCGUGCGCCGCGCCUCCCUCGCGCGCCUGCUCUGCGACAACGCGGGCCUGAGCGCCGUGCAGCCCAGCGCCUUCCUCGCCCUGGACCCGUUCCUCAACCACGAGGUGGACUGCUCGGCCAUCCCGGCGGUGCCGCUGGACGCGUGGCGCGCCGAGCGGCCCUACGCGCUCCCCUUCACCCUCGUCAACCGCACGCUGCUGGAGGACGCGCUCGCCCAGGCGCACCGCCGCGUCGAGGACGUGCACGAGGCCGAGCGCCAGCUGUGGCGCCAGCGACGCCUCGCCGACUCGUCCUCGCCCCAGGGCCAGGGGCUGUUGGGCUUCUCGCGACCCCGGCGCCAGGCGCUGUCCAUCGCCAACACCUCGCUCGUCCUCGAGUUCGCCACUGCGCGCUUCGUCAGCGGCUUCCUGGAGGGCCACCUGCAGGACGUGGAGGGGGGCGCGAGCGUGCCGUUCACGCGGCGCGGCUCGUCGGGCGCGCCGGAGGACGUGCGCCAGCUGCAGCAGCUGCUGUCGGCGCUGUCCGCCGUGGACGUGUCGCAGUCGCUGGCCGCGCCCCGCGAGGAGGGCUGCGACGACUUCAGCCUGCCGUGCGACCCGGGCCGGCGCUACCGCAGCUUCACGGGCUGGUGCAACAACCUGCGCCACCCGCACCAGGGCAAGAGCCUGCGCGCCUUCAACCGGCUGCUGCCGCCGCAGUACGGCGACGGCGUGGGCGCGCCGCGCCAGCUGUCGGUGAAGGGCGCGCCGCUGCCCAGCCCGCGGCUCGUGUCCUUCAACGUGCACCCGGACAACAGCGCGCCGCACACGCGCUACGCGCUCAUGGUCAUGCAGUUCGCGCAGAUCAUGGACCACGACCUGACCAACACGCCCGUGUACCAGCCGCACGUGGGCGACGGCGUGCUCGUGUGCCGGCCGUGCGACUCGGCGCGCUCCGUGCACCCGCUCUGCUUCCCGAUCCCGAUCCCGGCCGACGACCCCUUCUUCCCGUCGCGGGGCGACCAGGGCGAGCCGCUGUGCCUGCCCGUGACGCGGUCCACGCCCGGCCAGCUGACGCUGGGCCACCGCGAGCAGCUCAACCAGCUCACCGCCUACAUCGACGGCUCCUUCAUGUACGGCUCGGACCCGUGCACGGCGCGCUCGCUGCGCGCGCUCUCGGGCGGCCGGCUCAACGUCACGCUGCACCCGGCGGGCCGCGGCCUCAAGCCGCUGCUGCCGCAGAUCGACAACCACCCCGAGUGCAAGGCGCCCUCCGGACACUGCUUCUUCGCCGGCGACCCCCGGUCCAGCGAGCAGCCGGGCCUCACCGUCAUGCACACGCUCUGGCUGCGCGAGCACAACCACGUGGCGGAGCGGCUGCAGCAGCUCAACCCGCACUGGGCGGACGAGACGCUGUACCAGGAGGCGCGGCGCGUCGUCACCGCCCAGUUCCAGCACAUCGCCUUCAACGAGUUCCUGCCCAGGAUCCUGGGCUACACCUCCGGCCAGCGCUACGACAUCAAGCUGCUGCGCGAGGGGUACUUCCACGGCUACGACCCUACCUGCGACGCGACGCUGGUCAACGAGUUCUCCUCGGCCGCCUUCCGCUUCGGGCACAGCCUGCUGCAGCCGCACUUCGUGCGCAUGGACGCGCAGUACCGGCCCGUGGAGCCGCCCGUCCGCCUGCGCGACCACUUCUUCAACUCGGACAUCAUCCUGCAGCCGGGCAUGGUGGACGAGAUCGUGCGCGGCCUCGUCGCCACGCCCAUGCAGACGCUCGACAAGUUCAUCACCAAGGAGGUGACGAACCACCUGUUUGAGCACCGGCGCCCGCUGCGCCCUUUCUCCGGCUUCGACCUGGUCGCCAUCAACAUUCAGCGCUCUCGCGACCACGGCGUCCCCGGCUACAACAACUACCGCGAGCUGUGCAACAUGACUCGCGCCGCGCGCUUCGAGGACCUGCUGGACGUGAUGGAGGGCGAGCAGGUGGAGGCCAUGCGGCGCCUGUACGCUAGCCCGGACGACAUCGACCUGUUCCCCGGCGGCAUGAGCGAGCGCCCGCUGCCCGGCGGCGUCAUCGGCCCCACCCUGGCGUGCAUCGUGGGCGGCCAGUUCGGCAGGCUGCGGCGCUGCGACCGCUUCUGGUACGAGACGGGCGACCCCCUGCUGCGCUUCACCGAGGGCCAGCUGACGGAGCUGCGCCAGACGUCGCUCGCGAGGAUCGUCUGCAACAACCUGGACCGGGUGGACAAGAUCCAGCGCAACGUGCUGGACAUCCCGGACCCGUUCCUCAACCCACGCGUGUCGUGCGCCGAUAUCCCGAUAGUCGACCUGACCGAGUGGAAGGAGCGCCCCAAGUGCUCCGUCGGCCGGCAGGAGAUCCCCGUCGGUGACUCGGCCAAGAUCUCGCCAUGCGUCGAGUGCUCCUGCACCAGGGAGGGCCCCGUGUGCCAGUCGCUGCGCGUGACCAACUGCGUGUCGCUGGUCGAGCGGGCCGACCUGCGCGCCGUGCUGCGGGACGACGUCUGCCGUGUCCAGUGCGCCUUCCUGCUGCGGCCGGACGUCCUGGGGCCGCUCGGCCAGCCGCUCGGCGCGGACGACGCCCUGCAGAGCCUCAGCUAGUUGUGUGUUAACGCGCUGGUCGUUGUUGUACCUGAAUACAUAAUGCGGGCUUGUGCCACCGUUACUCCUGUGUGUGUGUGUGUGUGUGUGUGUGUGUGCGUGCGUGAUAAUAUGUGCGUGUGACAACUUUUCUUGUGUUUUUAUGUACAUAUAUAAGUUUUACGUGGUUAUUUCAUCGAAUCAAAAGAUCUGAAAAAUUAUUUCUUUUUCCUAUGUGAGAAGAAAAGGAUCUAUUUUUUUUAUGGAUUUUCUGUAUCUAAACUAGGUACUACCUAAAAGUUUUCAGGUGCAUUGAGUUACCAUACUUGAGAGACGUAAGAAUGUGUGGGUUAUUUCAAAAAAAGAAUAACAUGGUGAUCUUUAACUCUCUUCAGUGUUCCAUAUGUAAUCGCUCUCUGUGGAGAGCUAACAAUUGUGUACCAUAAUACUUAUAAAAUGCAUUGUGAUUCGACCUUAUGUCCUGAAAUUUUAAGUGCCAUUCUCUGCCACGGCUCACAAUAUAUUGUCUGUUGGGUGCUAGUGGAACACAUUUUAUAAAUGUUGUAUCAUCUUCGCCACCUUUUUCCUAAUAAUAAGUAAUAAUUUCUAAAGUAAUGAGUUGCCCAUCUGUUGAUUGAAGGGAACGUGACUGAGACGUGUCGAUUUCAUUAGAUGAACUGUAUUAUUGUAAAGACGAAAAAAAAACAAAAAACAACAAACUUGGA